GCGUUCAAAAAUGGAGGACUUCGCAGUAGUACAAAUUUACUUAUCUCACAACAAAUGAACUGUUUCACUUUAUAAAGCAAAGCUUUACGACACAAAUUUGAUUGUGUGCAAUGGCGGAGCUUGUGUACACUCUAUCAAGACACUCUAGAGACGUAACUGGAUGUUGUUUCUCGGCGAAUAGUCGUGUCCUCGCAACUUGUUCUGGUGACAAAACAGCUCGUCUUUGGGACAUCGAAAACGGUCAAGAACUUCCACAGUCACCUUUGGAAAGCCACAACUAUCAAAUAAAUGCUUGUUGCUUGUCUCCAUUUGGAACCUUACUUGCAACAGCUUCGAGUGAUUGUAAUGUUAUGCUAUGGGAUGUAAAUACUGGCGAGUGUAUAGCGGUCCUUGAUGGCCACCGAAGUGGAGUCAGAACAUGUUCUUUUUCUCCUAAUUCGCAAUUUCUGAUUUCUGGUUCAGCCGAUGAAACACUAUGUAUUUGGGAAGUGACAUCGAGAAAGCUUAUGUUAUGCGUGGAUAAGCUCGAAAGUAGCGCUAACGCUUGUGCUUUCACGCCAGAUGGUCUGCAAGUAGUUGUUGGAACUAGCAAUGGGAAUUUGUCAGUAUUUGACUCAUACAAGGGAAAUCUACUAGCGUAUUUAGGUGAUGCUCAUGAUCUUGGUGUUUUGGCUUGUGUAUUUUCUUCAACCUUUGGAUCUGCAGGUGAUGAAUGUUAUGAGUCUGGUGUAAGUGUAGCAACUUCAGACUUGAUUCCUACUUCUUCCUUCAAUAAUGAAUCUUUAAUUCCCAUGCCAACUGAUACCAGUGGCAGUGCUCCACAUUUUCUCUUAGCAACAUGUGGUAAUGAUAACCUUGUGAGACUGUGGAAUGUCUUCACGGGAUCUGCUUUCUCAGAGGACUGCCAUCUUGGUUCACGUUGUGUCUUAGAUGGACAUCAAGGACCAGUUUGGGAUUGUAAAUUUUCAGCCAAUGGAAAAAUCCUUGCAUCAGCAUCCAAUGACAAAACUGUUAUCUUGUGGGAUCCACUCAAGGCAACAUUGCUGCAUGUUAUCACAGGACAUACCAGAUAUGUSACUUGCUGCUCAUUCUCUCCGGAUGGAAAGUGGCUGGCAACAGGAUCUGGUGAUAGGACAGUUAGAGUCUGGAAAAUAACCCUGGAUGAUAAUGGCUGUCUUGACACCAAUGCUGUUAUAAUUGAACACAAAGAUAUGUCAAAUCUGAAACCAGAAGAACCCAAAAGAAAGCUUUUAAUUAAAUGGACAAUAGAUGAAGUUUGUUCCUGGUUAGAUUCAGUUGGAUUAAAGCAAUAUGAAGAAAUAUUCAGGAACAAUGCUAUUGAUGGUGCUGAACUAUCAAACCUAACCAUGGAAAUGCUUGUUGAUGAACUCAAAAUAGGACCAGUUGGUCAUCGUAAUAAAAUCCUGCGAAGURUAAAGGAUGUUAAAAAGGAAGAAAUUGAUGGAAAUAUACCUGAUGAAUACCUGUGUCCAAUAUCAAGAGAAGUCAUGACCGAUCCUGUUAUUGCCUCAGAUGGGUUUUCUUAUGAGCGAAGUGCCAUUGAGUCCUGGAUGCGCUCAGGUCGUCUUACAAGCCCCAUGAGCAAUGCACCACUUAAAAACUCGACCCUCACUCCUAAUAGAAUGCUSAAGAACCUCAUUAGCAGAUACUUAGGUCAGCAAAACCAGGCACUUGCAUAAUAAGARUAUAAGAAAGUGUUUGUGAAAUAGUUAACAUGAGUGUAAUGAGAAUGUUCACAAUAAUUUUUUAUGCAGGGUUUUGUUUUCUCCACUCAUAAUAUUUUAAUUGUAUCUAAAACUAAUUAAAAUUUUUUAUUAAUUUAAAAUGAAUUGAAAGCCAUAAAAUAAGGAAAUUAUUUCACAGUGAUAUAUAAGUUAUGAUGAAAAGCUGCAUUUUUGACAAUGAUGUUUACUGUCAUCCAAAAAACACCUAAGAACUCAUUAGAACUUUUUGAGCUAUUUUCACAUGAGGCACAGAUUUAUACAAAUUGCAUCACCAACAUUCAUUUUUAGGAAAUCAAAACAAAUCAAAAAGCAAGAAAUAAAAAUAAAUAAACAAUAACCAAAGCAGCAGCGGCUGGUAAUACUAGUAGACAAUUUCCUAAAUGCUCAGUUACUUCAAAAAUAUUUCUUGUGAGCUUGUGUUUUUGGAGUAAAGGUUGUCGUACGACUUCCAUAUAUGGAUGUCCAUAUGCAUGGCUCUAAUGUACCUAUAGAAGGCUCUCAUGUCCCUAUAGAUGGUUCAUUAAUUAAGUAUAUAUUCAAUCUUAUGUACAUAUCCGUGGUUAUUCAUGCAUGACGUUGCAUAAAUAUCACAAAAAUUCAGGUUCACUCAAGGAAAUUUAGGGAAAAUAUCAGGUUAGGCAAUGCAUAGCGCUGGUUCGAAUCUUAGAACUCAUCCUUCAAAAAUUUCUUUUCAGUUGAAGUUUAAGUCUUUGAAAUUUUCUAAGUUCUUCUCCACAUAAUUGGGACAUCAGAGGCUUCUACGAGCACACCAGUGCCAUCUAUGUGCAACCAUAUAUGGAAGUUGCAUGAAAGACYCUUCUCUGUUUUUGGGCAGUGGUUUGAUUAUAUUUUUAACUCUAAAUUCAUUGUCCCUCAUUUUUGUGUGCUCACCUCUGUUAUUGUUAUUUGAUAAACUUGGAAAUUGUCUAUUUUAAUAUAACCAGUGAAUGGCUUCAAUAUUUCUUUGAUCCCUGCUUUAUUAACCAUACCAUGUAAAUAGCACAGAAAAAUACUAUUAUUAUUAAGUUGGCAAAACAGCCRCAAUCCAUAUAUAUUGCACAUCAAGCAAAGAGAACAAAAGUGAUUGAGUUAUUUGUAKAGUGUGUAGUUCUAGAAAAUGUUUGUCAAAUUUGGGAGAAGUACAAAGCUUAAAAACCCUAAAAUGUUUUUGGACAAAAUCAUUCAACUUGGUGGGCAAACCAGGGGCAUAUCCAAGGUGGCUGUAACCCCUCCCCCCCCCUCCCCCCUCUUUUCAAAGCCAAAAAAACGGGAAAACCAUAGAUUGAUAUGACAUAAAAUUGACGUCACAGUGACAAUUUGGUAUUUAAGGACCCCCCCGUCCCCCCUAAUAAAAAUCCUGGAUACGCCCCUACAAACUGCCAAAAUACUUGAGCUGUUACAAAUGUAAAUCAUUACUGUCUGUACGUUUGAUGAAAAUAGUUAAUAAAAAUCAUUUUUGCUACAA